GGCGCUUUCCGCCCGGUGAGUGCGGCGGAAAGUUUUUGUUUGUGGUGUCCACGGCGUCCUCUCUGUCCCCUUUGCCCCCGGCGCGGGCGGGCGGGGGCCGCCUGAGCCCGCUCUGCCAGGCGCGGACCCUCCUCUCCCUGCGGGACGAGCGGCGAGMGGCUCUCGGUGAUGGCUUCGGGGAGCGCGGAGGCGGCGACGCUGCGGGUGACAGAGCUGGAGGAAGAGCUGCGGGCUCUGGCGGAGGAGCUGAGGCGCUGCCAGGCUGAUAAAGAGUUUGUGUGGUCUCUUUGGAAACAUCUCCAAGUGUCAAAUCCAGAUGUUACUCAAGCUGUCAGCUUGGUUGUGGAAAGAGAAAAACAGAAAGCUGAAGUCAAGGACAGAAAAAUUUUAGAGAUUUUGCAAACCAAAGACAGCAAGAUAGAAACUCUAGAACAGAGACUCACAGGACAGCAGCAGGAGAUAAACAGCUUAAUGCAGAGAAAAAGUGCUGUGGAUGAAGAAAAUGCCCGUUUGAAGAAUGAAUUCAGUAACUUGAACCGGAAAUUUAAAGAUAAAAGCCAAGAACUUAAGGACACUGAGGAGUGUGCACAGAAGAAGGAAGAGCAAAACAGACUGGUUAUAAAAAACCUGGAGGAGGAAAAUAAGGGAUUAAAUAUAUGCUGUGCUGACCUGCUAAGUGACCUGGAGAAACUGAGGAAGCAGGAGGCACAAUGGGAAAAAGAAAAGUCCCGCAAUGAUGCCAGAAUAAAGAAUUUGGAAACUGAUUUAGCAGAGACAAGAGAACAAACAAAAAGUUUGCAUAGUAUAUGCARUAACUUGUCAACUGAGGUAGCUAUGAAACAAGAAGAACUUUUCCAAAAGGAUUGUUAUGUGAUCAAAGCCAAGAAGGAAUUAGAGGAGCUUCAGAAUCUUUACAGACAAAACAUUGACUAUACAACACAGCAGGCUGAGCUGAUAAAGCAGUUACAGGCUCUCAAUGCUGAUACACAAAAAGUACUGCAAGACCAAGGAUAUUCUCACACAGCUAAAACAACAUCAUAUCAAAAAGAACCACCUGUGAAACGUUCAAGGUCUCUGUCCCCAAAGAGCUCUUUUAGAGAGUCAGAGGAGCUAAGGAAGAUUAAAAUAGCUGAAAGGAAGAUUGAAAACUUAGAGAAGACAUUACAGCUAAAGUCUCGAGAAUCUUAUGAGCUAAGAGCAGCCUAUGGAAGACAUGAAGAGAGGCUGCAGAUGUUACAGACCAACUACAGAGCACUAAAAGAGCAAUUAAAGCAGUGGGAAGAGGGUGAUAGCAGACUGAAUCUUGAAGAGGAAUUGGAUCAGAUGAAAGUACACCAAUCUCUGAAGCCGCUUCUUAAACUCAGUGAAGAUGAUGGGGUCAAGAGUAAUCCUCCAAGGAGGUAUAAGAGAGAAGUUUCACAUGAGAUGUUGCAGAAGGUACAACAACUAGGAAGAAGAUUCAAAGAUACUGAAGGGGAAUUAAAGAAACAGAAAGRAGUAAAUAAAGACUUACUGAAUGAGAAAAUUUAUUUGAAAGAAUCUUUACAAGUACAAAACGAAGAUGCAGACACAAGAGAAAGAGAUCUGGAAACACUACUUAAGAGGAUUUGUGAAAUAAAGAAAGAAAAAAUAGAACUUCAGUUAGUGAUUGAUGAGAAGGAAAAAGAAGCUGCCUCUUUGAAGAGGCAAGUGACAGAAGCUAACAGGUUGAGAAAUGAAAGUGAAGAUUUGCUGAGUCAAGUGCAGGAGCUGAAGUGUUUGCUGGAUAAAGCCAAAGCAGUGGCAAUCUCUGGGCAAUGUAAUUGCAAGAUAACAGGCACCAAGGUUAAAUUAAAAACAGCCAAGAAAAAGAGCUCUUUGGGACAUCAUGGAGCUUUUCUCAAACAGUCCAUCAAGGUUAUGAGUAAUGUAUUUGAGAACUUCAGUAAGGACGGCUGGGAGGAUGUGAGUGAAAGCAGUGACGCUGAAAUACCAGCUUCUGAAAGUUUGGAAAGAGUGAUUUUGAAGACAGUGCAAAACAUUGAUCCACUGCCAGACAGAAGUAAACAAGAAGCAAAAAAACCCUGCAACAUGUUUCAUUUAGAAGUCAAAAAUGUACAGUGUAAUAAAAAGAUUAAUGACCUAGAAAAGUUACAUUCCAAGAGGAGGUUCUGCUGUCCCAUACCAUCUUAUCCAUCAGUUCUAAGCAAAGUGAACAGAGCAAAAAGGAGAAAUGUCRUUGUCCAGAAACCGGGCUACUCUGUUACUCUACUGCAGGAAAAAAUGAAGUCACUGCAGAAGCAGACAGCUGUUUUACAGAGUGAAAAAAAGAGAGCAGUGGCUUCCAUGAAGAGGGUUAAAGAAACCAAUGAAAAAUUAACAAAUCAGCUACAUUUGGCUGAUCAGAGACUUCAAGCUAAUAAAGUGACCAUAGAGGUGUUGACCUCCAACCUGGCCAAGUGGCAACAGGAGAAGGAAGAUUUACAAGGAAAAUUAAAGUUGAGAGAACAUCUGUCUCAAACUGCUGACAAGAGUGAAGCCACCCCAGCUCCUUCAAAGAACAUUGAUUUAGAGAUGAAACAGCUGCAGUGCAAACUAAAGAAUUCGAAUACUGAAAUCACUAAACAAUGGACAACCAUUAAGUCACUGAAAAAACAAGUCCAGGAAAAAGAAGAACGGAUUUGGGAGCUACGAGCCAAAAUUUCUCAGUUGGAAAGGGAUCUUACUAUGAAAAGACAUUUGGUGGAAGACUUAAGAUCCCGACUAAAAGCAAAUCAAGAAAAUGAGAAAGCCUCAAAUGAAACAUUGGAAAGUCUUGUGAGAAAGGUGAAGGCACUGGCUGAAGACAAAAAAACCUCAAUUGACUCACUAAAACAAAGAUUUAAUGAAGCUAUGAAUGAGAAGUCUCAGUAUGAGCAGAUGUAUCAYAAGGCUAAAUAUGAGUUGGAGAAAAAGGAUCUCAAGCUAACCCAACUAGAGAGCAAAAUUAUUGAGACUGAGUGUGCUAUGACUGACCUUGAAACUACUGCAUCUCAGCAGCUACAUGCCUUGGCUAAACAGAGUGCACAGGCUUUGGAAGCUCUACAGAAGGAACUGCUGCUCACCAGUGACAAARUAGAAGAGUUCAAGACAUUUGUGAAGACUCUAGCCGGAGAGUUACACCAAAGCAUACAAGAUCUGAAARCAAAAAUCAAAGUGGCAAAAAAAAUGGGAGGAAUGAAAGCAUGCAAAAAGGGUCUUUCCCAAAAGAGUCUUCAGUUGGCAGCAUCUGUCCUUAAUGUUUCAGCAACUGAUCUUUAUGAAAUACUACAAGAAGGAGAUGAUGAGGAAACAGCAAAGAUAAAAAUGGAAUUUGAAAAAGAUAAAGAAUGGCUACAGCAUAUACAGAAACUACUUGAAACACAGCUUCCUUUUGCCUCAUACUUAAUGGACGCCAUACUGGAAAAAUURAAUGAGAAGAAGAAAUUGGUAGAAGAGUACAGUUCUCUAAUGAAGGACACUGUAUGAUAUUGCUAAGAUUUAUCUUUGCAAAGUGUGACUAAAAUGUGUGCUGUCUCCUCAUGUCUUUUCUCAUAAAGAACUGUCAAUAUGCAUGUUCAAUACAUACACAGAAACCGUGAACUAAUUAAUUGUUGAACAAGAGGAAUUAAUUAAAUUCCUAUUAGAAAGCAGUGUGGUAUUUGAUUCCUGAAAAGAAAAAUUGCUGCAAAUCAAUGCAAAGUUCAAAAUUAUUUUCCUUUAAAUGCAUUGGUAGCAAACACRUGUGCAGACUUUGUAGAGGGGAUGUCUUUGUUCUAACUAAUACAUAUCUGUCCAUUUUUGAAAGAACAAAAAGCAGCUAAGCAACACCUGAUUGUACUAAUCAGAAUAGUAGAAGUAGGAUUUACAAAAGAGCUGGGAAUAUCACUGGGGUUUUGAAUAUCUGAUUUCUUUUAGCUUUUUUGUAAAGCCCAGCUCUGUGAUAUAUGCUGCAUAAAAAGAUAUGCUUUUUUCAUGUUGGAAAAAAAUGAAUGAUUGUAGAAUAAAAAUAUUGUGUGGAGUAACACAGUAAGGGCUGUGUUUCCUUCUGUAUAUUAGAAUAUAAAG